AUGACCGAUCCUUAUCCGCAUCCUCAAUCUUAUCGUCGCUUAAACCAACCUCUGACAUCGUCGUCGUACGCUUCGGUCGCUGCUGGCGCGGGCUCCAACUCGUCGACCGCCCGCUUCGGCGCUCUCUCACACCUCCUCCACCCUGAAGACGACCCUCCGACGCGUCCCAACAUGGCACAGCCCAAAUCCCAAGACCUCUGGCCUGCCAGACCUUAUCUCUCCACCAAAAUGCCCGACCAGGACUCCCCGCCAUCGCCCCCACUAUUCAUCCGCCCUUCUUACCUUCGCAACUCGCGUCACGUCGAGAGGCUCGAAACACACCACAAUCUGGAACUCGCCGAGUUUGACGAGUUGCGGCGACAUCCUAAAACCGUCUCAUCCUCUCAGGAUCUCUCCGCGAACAUUGGCAGCGCGACCAUCCAUAGAUCGAGGAAGGAUAUCAUUCAAGAUUAUAUGGCUCGCAANCCCCUUAGAAGUGGUGGCCCGAGGAAAUUACCUACAUCUUGGAGCGACAUAGACAAGUGGCCUGGGCUCGAGUUGUCGGCCGGAGGCACCGAGGUCAAGUUCACUGGCUCUACCAAGACCAGUGAUGAGGCUGCUUCUAUACGCAGUGACCAUCCCAUGCCGAAAGAGGUUGGCAUAUACUAUUUCGAGGUCACGGUCUUGUCUAGGGGGAAAGAANNGGGAAUUGGUUUCUCCGGUCCGAAGGCUAGUCUAAACCGCUUACCAGGAUGGGAACCCGAGUCAUGGGCCUACCAUGGCGAUGAUGGCUUCAGCUUCUCUUGCACUGCUAGUGGAAAGCCGUAUGGUCCCAAGUUUGCAGCCUGGGACGUCGUAGGCUGUGGUGUCAAUUUCGAGACAGGAAGCGCCUUCUUCACCAAGAAUGGCGAAGCCUUCCAUAACGUAAGGGGUGACAAGUUGUACCCAUCAGUGGGUAUGAAGAAGAAUAACGAACACCUUCGAGUAAAUUUUGGUAGUGCUCCGUUCGUGUUCGAUAUUGACUCUAUGAUGGAGAAUCAAAGGAACAGGGUAAAAGCAGAGAUCAACAAGACUUCGGCAGACACGCUGGAGACCGCUCGCGAUGAGACAAUGUUGGUACAGGAGCUCGUGGCACAAUACCUCGCUCAUGACGGCUAUGUCGAAACCGCUCGAGCGUUUAACAGGGAAGUUCGAGACGAAAGGAAGCCUCUACACAUGGACCUCGAUGGCGUUGAGUUGUUUGAUCCUUCACAAGAUCUACAUGCCAUCAGGCGACAAAAAGGCGAGAUUGACAAGGCGUUGAAAAACAUAAACACCUACUACCCACAUGUACUGGAGCGGGAAGAGAAUAAAGACGUCUACUUCAAACUUCGUUGUCGCAAGUUUAUUGAGAUGAUCUGUCGAGUCAACGACCUCUCGACCACGGAUCCGCCAGCGGUCGCUCCAAAAGCAGCUGGCAAGCUUCCUCAAAAGCUGUCGAGCUCAAACGGUACAACAUUCGACCAACAGAUGGAGCUCGACGAUCAACUACACCGGGAAUCGCAUGCACCAAUCAUUCCGCCAAUGCCCGUUCCGUCGCCCUUCAAUCCCGGCCUACGCUUCGGUGAUGGCGCGAACGGUGAUGAAGGGAAAGAAGACUUGAUGGAUACGGCACCCGACGACUUCCGUUUAGUGUCCUCGUCGACGGAUAGUGAACAACUACUUGUGGAUGCACUUGAGUUUGGUCAAGAGCUCAAGGCUGAGUUUAGCGAUGACCCUCGUCCUGCUGUCAGAAAGGCAUUGGACGACACCUUUGCCUUGAUUGCCUAUCAAGACGCCCGAGAAUCUGUUGUAGGNGGGCUUAUGGAAGGCAAAGGUCGAGUCGAGAUUGCCGAGGAGGUCAACAGCGCAAUAUUAGGCAAGUCAUUCGACCUUCUCCAACGUCAAAAUUGA